AUGGCCGACUUUGGACCUCGUGCCCCCCAUGGGCCCGAUAUGUCGGGAAAUCACAAUCCCCUCGAGGACAUGGAUCACCACGAGAAGGGUGCUUUCGACGCGCUGAUUCGCCCCGAUGACAGCUAUACCCCGGACGGCACCUACUGGGCCGACUUGCCCCUCUUGAAGAAGCUCAAGUUCGUGGGCUCCUACGAUGCGCAGGAAGCCAAGCGCGAACUAAGCAGCAUUUGGGAAAUGACCAAGCAAGAUCCCUUGUCGCCCAUCUCCUAUUACUUCCGCAACAUGGUGCUUCCCGGUGCUGGUCUCGGUCUGGAGGGUUACGUGCUCUUCUCCAUCGGAAACGUCAAGCCCCUCUUCCAGGCUGCCUUCAAGUCGUGUUGGAAGGAUCACAAAAUCUGCAAUGCGCAAUGGCUGAACGCCAUCGACUACCUCGAGAUCAUCGGUAUCAUUGUGGGUCAGAUCUUGGUCGGUGUCAUCGGUGACUGGCUUGGUCGUCGUUGGGGUCUGAUUCAGGAUGCCACUAUCAUGUUUAUCGGUUUGAUCAUGCUUACCGCGGCCUGGGGUGUGACGCAGAAUGGCUGGGUGAUCUGCUACGCUUGGUCGCUGUUCUUCUACGGUAUUGGUGUUGGUGGUGAAUAUCCCAUGACCGCUACCAGUGGUAUGGAGAAUGCCGUGGGUUCUGGAAAAGUCUCGACCAAGGAGGACCGUCUCCAUCGCGGUAGGAAGGUCACUAGCGCUUUCCUGAUGCAGGGUUGGGGUCAGUUCUUCAACCAGGUCAUCCUCAUCAUCUUGUUGCUGUGCUUCCACCACGGCAGCGGUAACCCUCCCUACUCGGCUGUGUCCGCUCAAUGGGUGUACCGUAUCUCAUUUGCCAUUCCGGCGGCUGGCACUCUGUGGCUGGUCUACUACCGUGCCUACCACAUGAAGGCGGCUAGCAAGCAGUUGGCGGCGGCGAAGAAGAAGGCAUCCGUGACUGGCUACGAUUUCAACUCUUUGGCAUUGACCUUCAAGUACUUUGGACCCCGUAUCUUGGCGACUGCCGGUGGCUGGUUCGCCAACGAUGUGUUUUUCUACGGCAACAAGCUCUUCCAGUCGGAAUUCAUUUCGGUAAUCAGCCCCGCCUCCAAGUCGAUCAUGCCAACCUGGCUGUGGAACUUGUGCAACGUCGGUGUCUCGCUGGUCGGCUACUAUCUCGCCUCGUUCCUGAUCGACAACAAGCUCUACGGCCGCAAGUGGAUGCAGAUGGUCGGUUUCUUGAUGUGCUUCGUCCUCUUCGUCGUUCCCGCCUUCCACUACAAGUACUACACCUCGCCGGAGCACAUUAAGGAGUUCCAAACCAUGUACUUCCUGAGCUCCUUCUUCAACCAGUUUGGCCCUAACUCGGUGACCUUCCUGGUUGCCGCGGAGGUUUUCCCCACUCCGAUUCGUGCCACCGCUCACGGUCUUUCUGCCGCCGCCGGUAAGGCUGGUGCUCUUUUGGCGUCGGUUCUGUACAACUACAUCGACACGCAGACCAAGUUCUACGUGGUUCCCUGGUUCGGUCUUGCGGGCAUGGUCCUGACCUACGUCUUCCUCCCCGACACCACUGGACUGGAUCUCAAGGAACAGGAGCGUCGCUGGCAGUACAUUCGCGACGGCCGUGAGCAUGAAUACCACGGUCCCGCUGUCCACCCGAAGCACUUGUCCCUCUGGGAACGCCUGAUGGGCAAGGGCAAGCUCUACGAUGCUGAUGCCGAUUACAAGCAGAAGGUCGAGGAGUACCGUGCCGAAUGGGAAUCUGCCAUGGCUGCUCGUAUCGCUGAGAAGAAUAAGGGUGAGGACCUCGCCAUGGAUACCGACGAGAGCCUCUUGGAAGGACACGUCCACGCGUACUUCCAUCGGACUAGCCCCAUGUUCCGCCCGAUGGAGCAGAACUCGAAGUCGGAUAACUUCGCCCUACCUCCCGCGGCCCAGGAAGAUGACUCGACUAUGUCUUUCAACGAAAAGUCUGAAAAAUCCACCUGA